AUGGCCCCGGCUAACUUCACCAUUCAGCUCACACAUUCUUCACUUUCAGUAUCCAAACACAUAUUUUCCGAGGGAUUUGAGGGUAUCACCAUGUUCUACUGCAGGUUCAGUCUUUUUUGUGUUGUAGGCCUUCUAUGCAUCUGUUUCUUUGCUGGAAGUUCUCAUUCAAAGCAAGGAGUGGAGACAGAAAGGCAAGCUCUUCUCAGGUUAAAAGCUGGUUUCCUUCAUGGAAGGGAAAUUCUUUCCUCAUGGAAAGGUGAAGAUUGUUGCAAAUGGCAUGGAAUUUCAUGUGAUAACUUAACUGAUCAUGUAACCAUAUUGGAUCUCCAACCUUUAAAUUAUUCAGGAGCAUUGCGAGGUAAGUUAGAUUCUUCAAUAUGUGAACUGCAACAUCUGACUUCCUUAAAUCUCACUGAAAAUUUAUUAGAAGGAAAGAUUCCAAAAUGCAUUGGUUCACUUGGUCAGUUGAUAGAGUUGCAACUUGGAGAUAAUGAAUUUGUUGGUGUCAUUCCUCCCACUCUGGCGAACCUUUCCCAUUUGCAAACUCUCCAACUUGGACUCAAUGUUUAUUUGAAUGCAAAUGACCUUGAAUGGGUUUCUCACCUUUCUAAUUUAAGAUUCCUUAAUCUAGAAACUGUGAAUCUUAGUCAAGCUGUUGAUUGGUUAUCAUCAAUAACCAACAUCCCUUCUCUAUUAGAGCUUUAUUUAAAUGAUUGUGGGCUCCCUCAGGUCAAUCCUAAAUCUAUCCCCCACAUGAAUUUCUCAACUUCUCUCAAGAAGCUCUUUCUUUCAAAUAACCAUUUAAACACUUUGACUCUGUCAUUGGUGCCUAAUGCUAGCAAAGUCCUCACACAUCUUUAUCUCAGGGGAAAUGAACUUGAGGGUAGCUUACCAGAAUCCUUUCAGAGUUUGUGUCAACUUAAGGAGUUACAUCUAAGUGACAACAACUUGUCCGGUCAACUCAAUGAUAGCAUACAACAUUUACGUUGUGCCCAAAAUAACUUAGAGUUGUUGACACUUGACCAUAACCCAUUUGGUAGUGGGUCACUCCCUGAUUUUUCAUGGCUUUCAUCCCUGAGGACAUUAUCUCUUCAAAAUACCAGUAUCAUUGGGCCAUUUCCACAGUUAUCUGGCCACUUGCCUUAUCUUGAGAAUUUGGAUCUUUCCCAUAAUCAAUUGAAUAGUGUGGAAAACAUUAAUGAAACACAUAUGUCAAACCUCUUAACUCUAUAUCUCAAAGAUAAUGAGUUAAGCGGAUCACAACCAUUAUUUGAGUUGCUAUUGGAAAACUCUCAAGUCUCAUGGGAUUGUAUCUUUUUUCAAAUAAGUUGA